GCUAGAGAUUUUGAGUCUCUCUUGGAUGGGAUAUCUGGGUGUGGGUUGUGUUGCCUGCUGUUCCUCAUCUCUUUUUGGGCAACUGGAUAAUAUGAUGACACACUACAUGAUUCUUGUAGGGCCCAGUGGGACUUAAAAACAGAUAGGCCAACUGCCAUUCAGACCCCACCAUUCCCACAUGGCUGCACAAGCCAUGUGUAGUGGGACUUAACCAACCCAUCCCCUGCUUUCUCCUAUUUAAAAUCAGACUGAUUCCCAUAGAUUUGAAGAGAGUUAGAUUGGAAGAUUUCAAACCCCUCCUCACUUAGUCUGCAUAACACAGACAACAAACACUACCCAAUUUCUAGAUUAAGAAGAAGAUCUGGAAGUAACCAUGGAAAAGCUUGAAGAUGACUUGUUCUUUGCAGACUUAACUAGGCAAAUCUCUCUGCUAAUUAUGGAUGAUGAUGAGGACCCUGUUGCAACUUGCCCUUCAGUUUCUCUUCAGGCUUUCUCCUGUGCAAUCCAUCAUCCACCUGCACAACCUACUUCUCUGUAUGAACAAUCUCGCAGAAGAGAAACCAAAGGAACAGGGGUUUUUAUCCCCCAGUCAUCUCAGCCAAGAAGAAAGCACAGGCAGGGAAGGUUUGCGUCAUACAACACAAAAUCCCACAGAUCAUCACAAACUGAUCAUCACAAAAGGACGGUUUCCCAAGUAUCUUCUGAGUGUGCUUUUAGACCCAAAAAUGGAUGAGAUUAGAACCUCAUCAUGAAGUGUACAAUGCAAUAAAAUUUCUACAGAUGAGCCCCUUUGCCCAACAUGGGCAAGGCAAGGGUUUUAUGAUGCUACUAUUUUAUGUUAUGGUGAUGAUAUAUACAUGUAUGGCAAGGCAAGGAAAAGCUAUAUAUUUUGUUCCUUACUCUGUCAAGGGGAGGCUUACCAAAGGUUUGUACCCUUAGAAUUGUGGACAUGUAUGGGGAUUGUUAGGUUGGAUAUAGGAUGAACUUUUCUAAUUCAUUAGAUUGAUUCUAUUAAUUAAAUUGUCUUAUUCAAA